GCGACAAGACUGGACGACACCAAUGCUCACCUGUCUUAGAUGCGCUUUGUGCACCUUGACGCUCAUCAUCAUCACAAAGAAUGCACUAAAGCGCUGCACGUACCGUUCGUAUUCCCCCAUCCCCCGUGGUGAAGGGCGAAUGGUACCUUUUGCCGCCCUCGUUUAGUGGCGUCAAAAUACCGCGCCGGCAUGUUCGGUCCCUGGUCCAAGAACAACAAGCCCCGGCAUGUCAUCUCGUCUCUUUGCUGGCUGAUUGCCGCGUCAAGGCGAAACACGCAGGCAAGAUCUGGGUAAGGAUUUGAUAUUGCAGGACUGAUAUGAGGGGUUUCAGUGUGGCAUCCCUCCCCACACUCAACCCGAGCUUCCCAUCCGGAGACUCGGGUGUCAGCUGCGAGACCUCGUAUUGAUUGGUUCGGCAAGCUGAGGCCAUCAACGGUUUUCUUUUACCCCUGGUCUAGACUAGCUAGUCUAGUCUCUUUACCCCUGGAUCGAGCAGCCCAUCGGAGCAUCAUCCCUUUGAAACACAGAACUCCGCUAUUUCAAUCAAUUCGACGUUGUCUGUUGUCCAGGGCCCAGGGCCCAGGCUUACGCCUCGAAUUUCGUUUUUCACAUGGCACCACACCAACUGUCGGGAUCAUUGACAUGUCUCAUCCAAUGGGAUCAUUACACUGGUUGACUGUUGCACAACUAUAUUAUAACCUUGAUUCCCGUCCCCCCAUCUUCUGUUUCUUUUCCUCUCCAGACUCAAUCAGUCUUGUCACUCAUUCCUUAACAGGCAAACCACUCAUUCAUCCUUGAAGGAUUAUUCUACAUUCUUUCACUCCUUAACACGUUCUUUUUAAAGCAACUCGAAUUUUUUACAGCCCAGUCCCGGUGACGUUAACCAACAACAACAAAACUCUCAAGAUGCAUUUCUCAAGCUUCAUCGUUUCCAUGAUGGCCGCUGGCGCCAUGGCCGCUCCCCACGGCAGCUGGGGCAACUCCAACAAGCACUACAAGGUCGUCACCGAGUAUGAGUACGUCACUCACUACGUGACCGCUGGAGGCAACGCUCCCCAGGCCACCUACGUUCCCGAGCAGCCCGCCGCCGCCCCUGUCCAGGAGCAGCAGCCCGCCCCCGUCGUCAAGAAGCCCAAGAAGAACCCUGCUCCCCAGCCCACCUACGUCGCUGCCCCCGAGCCCGAGAAGGAGGAGCCCGCCACCACUCAGGAGGAGGCCCCCGCUGCCACUCAGCCCAGCUCCGACUCUGGCUCCGGAUCUUCCAACCUCGACGCUGAUCAACAGAAGGCUCUCGACCUCCACAAUGAGGCCCGCAAGGCUGUCGGUAACGAGCCUCUCUCUUGGGACGACUCUCUUGCCUCCGGUGCCCAAGAGUGGGCCGACCACCUUGCUCAGCUCGGCAGCCUCGAGCACUCUCAGGGUGAGGAUGGCGAGAACCUUUACAUGGGCAGCGGCUCCAACCCCUACUCCGCUGCUGUUGAGGCUUUCCUGAGCGAGAAGAGCCAGUACAACGGCGAGGCCAUCUCCGGCUCUAACUACAUGUCCUUCGGUCACUACACCCAGUGCGUCUGGAAGACCACCACCAAGGUCGGUAUGGCCGUCGCCAAGGACAGCUCCGGUGCCUCUUGGGUUGUCGCCCGCUACCAGAAGCCCGGUAACAUGAUCGGUGACAAGCCUUACUAAAUGUCAACGCCGACAUGGACGGAUGCUUAGGUUCGGGAUAGCUGGCAGUGAUCUUUUGAUGUAUCUUUUUCACUUCAAGUUAUGAGAGCGACUCACCAGGGCUAUGAACUCACAUUUCACUUCUUGAAUAAACCAUUCGCGUUUUCUUAUGCGGAUUAUUUGGUUUACUGACAAUAUGUAUAUACUUGUCUCACGCAAUUACGACCUUUGCAUUCACGUUCAUGAUAAACUUUGUCUCUGCCGAUGCUUCUUGGUGAUUUGUUCAGUGAAUGAAUGAAUAUUAAUGUUCCACGAAAUGAACACG